AUGGCUCCCGCUAAGACUGCCGCUAAGAAGCCCGCCGCCAAGAAGACGGUCGCCCGCCGCCAGAACGUCGUCUUGGCCCGCCGGCCCAAGGCCUCGCAGAAGAAGGCUGUCGUCACCAAGACGCUCCGCAAGCCCAAGUGGUACCCCACGGACUACGUCCCGAAGCCGCUCCCGUCGGCCAAGACCGCCCGCAACUCGGUCAAGACCGCCAAGCUCCGCGCCUCGAUCACGCCCGGCACGGUCCUCAUCCUCCUCUCGGGCCGCUUCCGUGGCAAGCGCGUCGUGUUCCUUAAGCAGCUUGCUUCGGGCACGCUCCUCGUCACCGGCCCGUACAAGGUCAACGGUGUCCCGCUCCGCCGCGUGAACCAGGCCUUCGUCAUCGCCACGUCGACGAAGGUUGACAUCUCGGACGUCAAGCUCCCGGAGAUCAACGACGCCUACUUCGCCCGCGAGAAGACGUCGUCGAAGAAGGACGAAGAGGCUUUCUUCGCCCAGGCCUCGACGGCUGCCAUCGUCUCGGAGCAGCGCAAGAAGGACCAGAAGAUCGUCGACGCCGCUCUUCUUAAGAAGAUCGCCGCCGUCCCGGCCCUCAAGCACUACCUCAACGCCAAGUUCUCGCUCACGAAGAACGACCGCGUCCACGAGUUGAAGUUCUAA